AUGCCAAUAUUACAGUCAAAAUUAAACCAGCCAAACAGAGGAAUUCUUCUGACAGCUGAAAUGGGUUUUGGAAAAUCUUCAAUUGUAUCUAAUAUUGUAUGUGCAAAACAAGACAGUGUUUGGCACCAGCUGAAGAGCCGGGUGUUGGCUUACCAUAUGUGCAGGUAUGAUGUAAUAAGUUCAUCAAAGCCUGAUAUAUUCAUUAAAAAUUUAGUAGGCAUAAUUGUAAAAAGUAUACCCGAACUUGGGAAUUCUAUUUUGUCAGAUGACCGAGCAUUAGAUUUUCUUUAUGGUGUAAGAUGCAGAGAAGACCCUGUUGGUUGUCUAGAAUUUUCUCUACUCAAUCCACUGAAGAACAUAUGGAAAGAACGAAGUCAUAUCAUAAUUAUUGAUGCAAUUGACGAAUGCCAACCUACAGAAGGCCAUAGUUUACAGGAUUUAUUGUACAAGAAAAUGACAUUUUUUCCUGACAACGUGAAAUUUGUUAUUACGAGCCGAAAUAUUGAACAAAUCACACACAAAUUCAAAAUGCUUGACACAAUUAGUCUCGAUAACUAUACACAGGAAAACCUCAAAGAUGUUCGUUCAUAUAUUGAUAAGACAAGAAAACUUAAUGAUAAAGACAUUACAAAACUGACAAAAGUUUCAGGUGGAAACUUCCUUCAUGUAAAAUUGUUCUUGAACUACUGCAUACAGAAAGGGUCCUGCAAUUAUGAUAACAUUCCAGACACUUUAGAGAGAAUAUAUGUUCUAAAUUUUGAAAGAGUAUUUCGAGAAAAGGGAUUGUUUGAGGAGUUUUUGGAUAUGUUUGCAGUUUUAUGUUCUUUGCAACAUCCCAUUGAUGAAGAUCAAUUGCUAGACGUAUCUGGUAUGAAAACAAACGCAAAAGUGCGAGCUCGACAAAUUUUAGGAAACGAACUUGGACAUUUUUUGAAGAUUUCUGAUGGUAGGCUCUCGUUUCAGCACAAAUCGUUGGUUGACUUUCUAACAAAUUCUUCUAGAAGGCAUUUGAAUUUUUAUAUUGAUAUUAAGAGAGGCCAUAAACUAUUUGCAGGAUAUUUGUUACAAUCCUUAAAUCUGACAGAAAGCAACAGUUUAUUAGAGGUAGUUCAUCAUGUAGCUUUGGCUAAAGACGUAGAUUUUGAAGCUAUGCUAAUAAAUCAUGCAAGUGAUUUAAAUCACGAACAACAGGUAAUAAGUUCAGAGAUUUUACAUAACGUUGUUAGGGAGUAUGAUUCGUAUGACACGGUCAAACUAACGAUAAGAUUGGUCAGAAUAAACGCUUCAAAUUUCAAUGAAGAGGAAUUAUCGCUUUCGGCGUUUAUAGCAAUAGCAAAUGAACACGAGGGAUCAUUCAGAGCAUGCAUAGAAAAUGGCGCAAACAUCUCUUACAUUCAUGAUCCAUUGUUUUGGUAUGCUUCUGGUGACAUUUCAUAUAUUUGCAAGUACAUAUAUUUUUGUAAAUAUAGUCUUUUACAUUUAGCAGCUCAAAGGGGAUACCUAAAAAUUGCAGAAAUUUUGAUGGAAAACCAGAUUUCAUUAUUAUAUCUAAACAACUCCUUGGGACUAAAUGCCUUUCAGUUGGCUGCUGAACAUGGCCAUACAUCUGUAAUGGAAUUGUUUCUAAAAUAUAACAGCACAUUAGCAGAUUUUUAUUCCCUGCACCAGUCGGCACUUCGAGGAGAGUUUAAAGCUGUAAAAAUGCUUUUAGAUUAUGUUGAUGAUUUGUGCCAGCCAUGUUUAGAAUUCCCUAAUAUUCCUAGAAUAUAUAGAUCGUAUUUACAAUACAAUUUAACGUCAGAGACGAGUCAAAUCAAAUAUCAAGUGACACAUCGAUAUGAGACGUGGUCUGUAAACUUAGAUAAUUUGUUUAUAUGUGAAUCCGCUUUGAAUGCAGCAGUCAGAAAUGGAUACCUUGAUAUUGUGAAACUUCUAAUAGCAAAAAGCAAUGUUACAGUAAGUUGUCCUACUUUUGAUGGAUCUAUCCCGUUAAUGACAGCAGUAGUGUACAACCAAACAGAAAUAUUCAAGAUAUUGUAUGAAGCAGGAUCAAAUACAUAUCAAAGAUGCCACAGCUUUCGGAAUGCAGACUUGACUAUCAUGGUUACGUACCCAUUGGAAAACGAUACUUUUCUCAAUGUAAGUGUUACAGAUUUUAAACAGUCCUGCCCCCCAUUUGCAGGUGUUGAACAUUUAAUAGCUAUUUAUGACAAUUUGGAUAUUAUACAUUUUACAAACGAGAAAGAAUAUCAUUCUUGGUAUUCUGGAGACAUUGACGGUGUGACGCCAUUUCACUAUGCGUUCUGUCACAAUAGCAUUAACUUCAUGAACUAUAUUAUAUUAAGAAAUAAUUUUGUAUUUCCGAUUGCAGAUAUGAAAUCACACAAUGGCUCUUCGCCUUUCCAUUCUGCUGCUAUUUGUAAAUCUACUGCGCUAUUUCAUUACCUUAACCCCAACAAAAACAAUCAGUACAACAAAAUUCCUGACGUAAUUGAUAACGAAAACCGCUCCAUUCUUCAGUAUGCCUUUUUACAACCGUUACAUGGUGAGGACUUAGUGAAAUUAGAUUAUAUAGGUCAUGAUGCUUUUACAUCAUCGAUGUUACAUGUAAUUGAAGUUUCAAAUCAUAACGCUCUACACAAGGAUAUUUAUGGCAGAAACUUUUUACAUUAUGCAAGCUCAAGUGGAAAUUAUUUUGCAUUUGUACUUGUUAAAAAUUCAAAAGUUAUUGGGUCCAUGUUUGAGGAGUUGGUGCAACAAAAAGACAUAUAUGGAAAAACUUCUUUCGAAAGAGCAUUCGAAGCCAUGCCAGAGCAUAAUUUGUUUGAACCGUUUAGAAUGCCUGAUAAUUGCAGCUUGGAUGGUAUAUUUUCAUCUUCGUGUAAGACAAACCUUUCAGUCCUACUUUCACCCCAUGAGUAUGUUAUAUUAUAUUUAUCACGGUAUUUCUAUUCUCAAAAAAAAUUUCCUGAUGUUAAUGUUACAGACCUAUUAACUACGUCUAUAAAAAAGUCGAGAAUUUAUCCCAUUCUUACUUUAAAAGCAUAUGCCAGUAACGAAUUCAAUACCGCGGUGUCUAAUCCCGUUAUUUCAAGCAUGAUUUCGGAAUCUCCGACACCAUUUCUUGCCGAACACAUGCUGGAUAUUUACAGUUCCUCAUUUUGCAACGGAGGUAAUAGUCCUUUACACAUAGUAGUACAGAAUGAAAGAAAUAGACAAUGGACGUUUGCUUCCUAUUCGUUCCUGGACCGUUUAUUUGUCAAGUUUUCUAGUAUUUAUUUGGAUAACUGUUAUGACAAAGACGGGUACAAUUUACUUCACAAAUCUGUCAUCGGCGGACAUCCAAAAGCGGUUAAGUAUUUACUAGAAAACGGAAUGAAUGUAUUACAGAAGACAAAAGCUAAUCAAAGCGCUUUAACUCUUUCUAUCCUGUUGGCGCCUUAUACCAGAAACGGAUCUAUUCCAUCGUACUAUUAUACAAACCAUUCUAAAUUUCAUUCCUAUAAGUUAGUUAACCAAACAGAAACUGCAGACAUUCUAUUUGAUCAUAACGGAACUAUAAGCUUUGACGAUAUAGCGUCGAUACUUCUAACGCAUUUAGAAAAAUUACAGUUCAAUCGCACAAAACUUAAACUCGUCAUUUGUCCAUAUCACAUUGACGAUUUUGGAUUAAUGCAUAUUGCAUCGGCAAAAGGAAUGGUUUCCUUUAUGAAAUCUUCAAAGAAAUUGUUCGGUGAUGAUGUUUUGAGAUGUCGCGAUAUGUAUGGAGUUACACCAAUAUAUCUUGCUUAUAUAUAUCGUCAAACCAAUAUUGUAGAGUGGCUUGAAAAAAUGAAUUGUACUUUUCAUCGUCCUAAUAGAGCGAGUGAGACUAUAUUAAUUUACAAUUUAAUUGAAAACUACGAAUUAUCCUUGCCAUAUAAAUGGCGAUGUUUCACUAAUUUUGGACAAGGCUUCAAUGAGUUGAGGAGAAAUCAGAUUUUAAAAUGCACAGGACAAGAUCUUCGUUUACACAGUACUUUUCAAAAUCCGAUUAAAAGAGUUGUAUACAAAAUUCUGCAGGAUAAAAUGUCAGCUAGUUUAGGCGAAAACUAUUGGCAGUGGUUAAAAUUUGAAAACUACCAUUUGUUCCUUUUAAAUUACCAUUGGAAGAAAAAGUCGCACAAUCAAGUUUAUUACUUAUACAGACUUCUUCUCUUAUUUGGUUUUGAUGACAGACGUUAUCUAUUUCAACUAUUAUAUUCUCGGCGUACUUCUGAAAAAAGAACACGUUUCGACCCUAUAUCGGAUUUGACAGUUAAAACCCUUUUCGAUUCAAUCUUAAGCAAAAAGUACGAACAUUUUAGAAAAUUAAAGAUGGAAACGGAUUUACAUUCGAGCUGGUUAUCUAAUGAAAAACACGCUGAACUUAGAGAGGAUUUUCAAUAUGUCUUGUACAGUAAUUAUGAAGUUGAACAUUUCAAUACAAUUCUCCAACAGUGGGAUGAAGUGAGUGAUGCCGAAAUAAUAUUAAAAGACAAAGCAAAUAGGAAUUGCAAUAAUUGCCAGUAUUCUUUAGCAAUGUGUUUUGUUAACACUGCAAUUCAAAAACUAUCCUACAUAAAAAGUUACGAGCAAUUAAAUAGAGAAGCCAUGAAAUUCAUACCAGAGUGCAAUUAUGUUUGUUCUCUUAGCUUGAGAAUGUUAUAUCAUAGCAUGAAUAAUACGUUUAAGUUCAUUGCAGACUUAAAAACACCCGAUAAAAACGAAUUUAAAUCAUUGGUAAUUGAACUUGAAUUGCGAAUUAAAAGAACUGUAAAGAUGAUAGAUUCGUUUCCAGAAACAGAAAACGCAAACAUACAGCCCUUUGAGUUAUUUUAUUGUUCGCCUGUAUUCCAUGGCUUUAUGAGCAAUAUAAAUGAUUUAGAAAUGUAUAAUAUGAUAAAAUGCACGAAAUUGUAUGCCAAUAACGAACAUUUAAAAAUCUUUAGAAAGUUUCUAAUUACAAUGCUACAAGCUGUAGAACGUGAAUUUGAAUAUGAUUAUCACAUAUAAAACAUAAAUUAUCAUUUUUAGCAUGAUAACAAUAACCUUUGUGUAGUAGUUACAGUUAAAUAUUGUUUAAAAAUUUCGAGAUUGGCUUUAUUUGAUUUUAUUGAAUCAGCCUGCAGUCCUUUCCAACAAGUAUUUUCGAAGGCAAACAAGUUACUCCUGCCAAGAUACUCCAAGGGACACAAAAUAUAACUGUAAACAUAGAAAAGCUUUCGGAAACUACUUUCGUUUAGGGGCUAUAUAUUUUAAAGUGUUAUCCGAAAACACAACAAAAUACAACAUCCAAAUAAUUAACAAAAACAAAAUUGUCCGACUAGUUUUAAUGGCAAUCUUUUUUCGAAUAACUGUUGUUUUUUUUUUUUAUAAAUGCAUGCACCACUUUCGACAAUUGUGUACAGUUUAUUGUUUUAUUUUUAAUAUUUUAACAAAACUGUUUGCAAUAUAUUAAGUUAACCGCUUGGAAUGUUGUGAAAAAUGAUCCAUUGCCUAUAAUAUUAUGGAAAUUCAAGCGACAGGGUAAAUGUAUAUUUCAGCUAUAUUUCUUUUCAAAACCAAAGAAGUAUAUGUAGAGAAUACUAUAUUUUUCUAUUUUUAAUCAGUAUGCAUUGUACAUUCAAGAAUUUACGCUUUUCAUAUUACAGUUGCAAAAUAUGGUUUUGUGUCCGAAUGUUUUUCUAUCAUGUGAAGCAUAUGUUGAUCCCUAGAUAUGUGUUAAUUCCUUUUCGUUGGGUUGCUAUCGAAACCAUUUUUGUUUUCAGCAUUUCUGAAUAAAGUUUGAUUUAAUAGAUUCGAUUCAGUUAUUGCGUAUUUCAAAUACAAUUAGCUUUGUAGAAGUUUAUUUUCUGGUGAACCAAAUUUCUGCAACCUAUACAAAUUUGUGCAUCAUAAUAUGUUUUGGGAAACGGCUUCGUCUACAACAUUAGUCUGUCACAAGAGACACACUGUUGUUGUUUUUUGUUAGAAGACCUAAUUAUUCAUAUCCUCUAAACAUAUUACUUAUGUUCUGAAGUUUCUGUCUGCCAUAUGUCCGUCGUCCUUGGUCUCAUUUUCAUAAUUAUGGUGCAACGACUAGUUAGAUUAUGGUUUAUAUGUCAACAAUUUUUGGUAUUUAGAAUCGUUGCAAAGUAUACAUGCCGGUCUGCUAGGGCGUAUCUGACCUUGUUAAACAUUACAUUUUCGUGGUUAUGAUAUUUUCUCCGAUACUUCAAGCAAAAUGUUAACUAUAUUUGGUUCUUGGAAAGAUUGUAAGAUGUGCAUGUUCGUCUGACAGGGUCCAUCUGACAUUGACCUCAUUUUCAUGGUUCAUUGGUGAACGUUAAGUUUUCGUAAUUAGGUAUAUUUUUCCGAUACUUUAAGCGGUCAAGUGUGUUUGUUGUAUGAAAUACAUGUCCGUCUAUAUUCAUCCGACCUUGAACUCAUUUUCUUGAAUCAUGGAUAAUGUUAAAAUGAAUCAUUUAUAAUGUUAAAUGAAUCAUUGAUAAUGUUAAAUGUAUGUGAUAAAUAUUUUAUUUUGAUAGCCUAGUCUUUGUCUUAGUUUUAAAGGUCAAGCAUUUUUCAUAUCUUUAACAAGG